AAAGCGUUUUCAUAACGCCGAUUAAAAGAAAGCAUGGAGAAAAUAAAUGAACAACUCGAUCACGUUGACGUCCAAGGAUUUACUGUUAUUCAAGUGAAGUACUCAGCGAGAAGUAAAGCAUCCCACUGUAUUUACUUGAAGGAGCAUAAUGUUCGUGAGGAAGAUAAGUGUAAACCAAAGGAAACCACACUGUUUCUGCUCAAUGUACCUCCCUAUUGUAAUGAGGAACAUUUGAGACACAUGUUCUCUCCUUUUGGAAAAGUCCUCCGUGUUUAUCUCCAUGAGAAGCCGUCCAGUGGACCUCCACUCAAAGAUGCCUCUAAAUACUUUCCAACUGUGAAAUUGCAUGAGGGUUUCAAGGUGGCAUACAUAGUAUUCAGAAAGCCAGAUGCCAUCAAGAAAGCAAAGAAUAUUCCAUACAGCAAACCACUAAUUAUAUCAUUGGAUGACCCUCACAAAUGUACAGGCACAGGAAUGGGUAAGUGGUGUAAAAAUUACGAAGAAGAGAGGAUAAAUGUUGAAGAUCUGCAACAGGAGAUUGACACGUACAUGGCUGAAUAUGAUGCUCGGGUGGAUGAGGAGAAACAGAAAGCCAAGGAUAUGGAGGGUGUGCCCGAUGACGAUGGCUGGGUGACAGUCACAAGACAUGGUAAAAAUAAGGGUGUUCCAUGGAAGGAGUCACAAGAGAAAAAAGUUACAGCCCGAGAAAAAAAGAAAAGAAAAGACAAGGAGUUGCUGAAUUUCUAUUCGUUCCAAAUUAGGGAAACAAAGAGGGAACAAAUAGCAGAAUUGAGAAUAAAGUUUGAGGAAGACAAACAACGAAUCGCUCUGAUGAAGGCAUCAAGAAGAUUCCGACCAUAUUAAUUGUUAUGUUUACUGAUUUUUAAUACAAGAAUAUGAAAACUGA